ACUCACAGAAGAAGAUAGUGAUAGAGGCAAUAUCUUUAAUAAGUUUGAGUAUAAAAAUGAGUUGUUAGAGAAGAUAGAGAAAUACUACACUAGCCUAAUAACUACUACUUCAACAACAGAUA